GGGUUGUGACUUGAGUAUAAGAGAGGGUGGACAGGCACAAUGGGAUGCAGGCUCUUGGGAGUCUAAUCAGGGUGAACCGACUGGGAAUAUAGGAGAUGCUUUUGUUGCUUCUUGUCAUAUUUAUUUCUAUAUAUUGACCAUGAACACCUGGGACAAAGUACUGAUUACUGGGUAUGAACGACCCUCAAAGGAACAAGCAUACUACUUUAGUAAGAAAUUGACCAAGGAAGCUCAUCAAGCUUUAAAGCAAGAAAUUUUUGAUGUGAAAGCAAGUUGGGCGUCAUAUGGUGAAAGAUUCACGAAGGAGAUUAGUCCAACAUCGUGCGUACUGACUUUACCAGAUGGCUCGGAAAAUGAUGUGUUUAGCUAA